AUGGAAGUGGUUGGCUGCGUCGGAGCUGUGGUGGGACUGGCAGGCAGUUCCAUCAAGUUUUUGAAGCGCCUAGAUGACUUGAUCACCGCUGUCAAAGAAGGGCCAGUUGAUCUAUCCACAGCACAGACUCGAAUAAGACAGCAUGAAAGAUUCCUUACAGAGCUCAAAGAUGACUAUGCCGCGAUACCCAUGAGUCGAAUAACGAACGAAGAGCGAGUCUUCUUUGACGGCUAUAUCCAAGAGUCUGAGAAUGAGGUGAACCGUUUCAAGACUCUUCUGGAGAAGGUCGCAAAGCAAAGAACACGAGGCAGUGGCCUGCAGAAACUGGAGACAGCAGCGCGGAUGCAGUUGAACGAGAAAGAUAUCCAGAAGUACAAGAGCAUGCUGCAGUACCAAAUGUCCCAGCUCCAAAUCUUUGAACUGGAGGUAGACGAUACUCUCGAAUCGAUCGUAUCUUCCUUGACUCAUGGGCAGGCAGAAGACAGAACAAUGCACAUGUCUACCCAGCGUGCCAUCGAGGACGUCUCUGAAUCAUUGACAACACGUGAUCAAAAGUCACAAGCCAUGUACAUGCGGACAGUGGAAAUUUUCAAUGACGCCGCUAGAAGAAUUGAAGCACACCAUUUACAAGCCAUGUCAAUGCACUCAUCUAUGGAGGCGCAUGUGGCUACCAUUGUGGGGAAUCUGAAUGCACACAGCCAGCACACGCAGCUGAUACAAACAUCACAUCACUCGACUUUGCUGGGCAUACAGGAAAGUUUGGAGAAUCAAGUCAUCCCUGCGAUGCAGGCUCUCUCGAAUGAGAUCAAAUAUCGCAAUCGAGAUAUUGUCCGUCGAAGGCGACGAAGUCCCCAUGAACCUGUCGAAAGCGGUAAGCGAGGCUGGGAUGACACCCACGAGGACAGUCGAGAAAGGGUAUUGACCUUCUCUUACGCUUCGCGGACGUACAAAACCCCAUUUGGUCGACUAUACGUCUCCACCAGUCAUUCCUGGAACAGAAGGAGCAUUGCGUAUGGAGUCAGAUUUGAACCUUCCCGCAUUCUCUCUCACAAUUUCGUGGAAUGGAAAUGCCUGGUAAAGACGGGUCCACACGGGCUUUCAGCGACCGUCCAGAACAGGAUGGGCAGACUUUGUGAAGAUGUCGAGGUGAUCAGAGCCCUUGGACUUCUGCUCGAUGAGCGUCGUUUUACGCCUGGUGACUUCGUUCAAGACGGUUAUGGUUUCGUGGUACCAAUCCUGGAAUUGUUCUACCCUGAGUAUUACAGAACGUUCAAAUGGCUUCUAGACAUAGGUUGCCGAUCGGACGUGGGUAAGACGCAGUUUUUAAUGAACCAGGCGAUCGACUAUAGGUGCCACGUUCUGGAUAUACACCCAGACUAUGCUCAUAGCGAUUACUUCCUACAACAUUCGGUCCCCAAGGAACUACAAGAUAAUCUAGGCGAACCUGUUACCGGCUGGUACGAUCAAACCUUUGAAUUGGGCUUCAGGUACCGUAUCGACAAAUAUGUACCAUCUUCACAUCUCAGCCAUCUUCUACCCUACAAACACUGUGCUCAAGAUAUAGUAGAAGUAAUAUACGAUUUAGGUGGACUCGACACGCUCAUGAAAGACUGGUAUCUUGACCACUGGCUCCUUGUCGGCAUGGGUUAUAUGAAUCCCGAGCUCCUGUCACUGGUACUUGGGAAGAGAAGAGAUAUUGCAUCGAAAUUCACUCUUGAGCGUGUCGUGCGAGAGAUGCAAGACAUGAAUGACACCUGGCAGCUUAAGAGGCUGAUGGAUUACUUUGUAAUGAACGGAAAUCUCAGCCUCGUCCGAUACCUCAUACAAAGCGGGUUUGAUGUAUCGCUGAUGCUGGAUCCAUCAGUCCGGAGAGGAGAUGAUCAAGUCUGUGACCUAGUUCUGCGCCACUAUGAGGGCAGAGCUUUGACAAAACCGCAACUGGAGGUUCUCUUUUGGAAUCAUUAUGUAACGUACCGAAUGGUACGAGACAUUACAUUUAGGGCCAAAAUUCUCGACAAAGUGGCGUUCAGCUUUGAAGAAGAUACGCAAAACGGCCUUGGCCGUGCUGGUCAUAUCGAAAGCCCCUUGCUCCCCAUUUUCGAGCACAGCUAUGCGGCCAUCAGAUCACCUAUGGGAGAGCACCAUAAGAUGCAAGCGUAUUUUUGGAUAGCUAUUGAAGGUUGUAUCUCCCGUUACGAAAACAUGGACUGCCGUUUUCCACGCGACCUCCGACUGCUCAUCCACGACAUUGCAACGUACAAAUACGAGAGCUUCCGACACGGCAUAAACUACAUACCGCAAGACGCACCAGACGACGAACGAGAGGCGAUCAAAGGCUAUUCGCCCUUGAUGAUAGCAUUGUGGGCUGGCAUGAAACCAGUGGUUAAGAUACUGAUUCGUGCCGGGGCCGACAUAACUAAACGCUCUCCUUGUGGAAUCUCAGCACUCCAACUAGCUGAAUGCAACGUGCGAAGUGACCAUCCGCGGGUUUACCAUGAAUUCGAGGACGGGUGUUACCAGCACCGCGAGCUUUCUGUGUCUUCAGGUGUAGAUCGAAGCAUGCUCCAGAUGCUUCGCGACGCUCUCCGCAACCGCGGUGAGGAAGUGCCCAGCAUGGACACCCCUGCCGCAAAGCUCGAGAGACCACAAACUGUCUACAACAGGCUGUACGGCAAAAUCCAAGUAUUGCUCAACUGGGUAACUAGUCCCGCCGUGAAUAUCGACACACAGGCGCUCCGUGACCGACGCCUCUACAUUGCUGUCGUAUGGACUUUCGGGUUCCUCUCCAUCGCGAAGCUGCUACAACCCAAUGUCGAGAGUAUCGCGACAGGAGCGCUGAGACUGCUAUCCCGGCCAAUCUUUGCCAUUCCAAUCCUUGCCUGGGUUGUCAUGACGAUGUGGCAGCGAUAUUCAAUGGCUUAA